AUGUCAAAAAUAUUUUUUCCAGACGCACUGUUUUCCCUAUAUAAAGCGUCGAAAAAAAUUCCCCUACAAUUAACUUCGCUUCAUCGUUACAAAAUGUUCAAGUCAUUCGAGUUAUCCAUACUUUUGAUCAUUUUCGUAGUUAUUACAUCUAGUGUCGUGAGCACACCCAUACUAAAUAUCCGUGAUACGGAUCCAAACCAGCAGAGCGCCACAUUGGUAAAUAACAGCAUCUACUGUUCGUUUCUUCCACCAGAUUAUGGCGGUAAUAUUUCUGGUAGUGAAGAUGACGCAGUCGCAUUUUGCAAUCAAGUCCCGGAGGGACUUAAUGUUAGAAUCCUUCCCGACAACUUCAUCAAAUCGUACCAUUUCGCCACUGGGGAUGGCUAUAUCCAGGUCACUGGCACUAUUAACAGAGACGCAUACGGUUUAAGUGCAAAUGAUGAGGGUGGUCAAUACGAUGCCAAAGCCCCUAGAGGUGCAAAAUGUGUGGGAUAUAAAAACUUUGUGAAUUUGGUCGAGCCCGACGCUGAAUUGUUCUGUAUUCGCUGUUGUACUGAUACUUCCCAAUGUGAUACUGGUCACAGCACUGAUGGAUGUAAGAAAGUCAUUCCUGGAGACUACAGCUAA